CAUGAAAAUCAGGCUUGCCUAAUUGUCUUCUCCACUUCUGUCUUUGUUUUUUCAGCUUAUUUCACUAUGACACCACUCCUUUUCCUCAGUGUCUCAGACUGCUCAACAAUAACUUUAUUCUAUUUUCUACCCCUAUAAAAACCCAAAAAUCCCAUUAAUAAAAAAAUCUGGACAAACAAAUCUUGGAGGGUAGUAUGGUACAAUCAUUGCUGCUCUUCUGCAACUAAAGUUGACAGGGACAGAGAAAGAGCAAACACACUUUAAAGUGUCUGUGGUGGUCUACAGUUUUACUGUCCAAAAACAAGAAAGAACACCAAACUGCUUAUCUCAAUACUUACAUCUUACUGCCUAUACAUACAUUCUCAGAUCAGUUUAUUAUUAAACUCAAAACAACAUUAAAGUUUCUUGGGCUUGCAUUGUCUUUCAAUAUUAAUGUUAAUGUCUGUCAGCAUUACUUUAUUUUAAUUUUAUAAAUAUAAAUAUCACUACUGUUACUUCUCUCAUUACACUUCCUCCUCUUCACUGCAGUUAUGGCUACUAAAUCCAAGUUGAACUUGAACAAAUCUGCUUUAGUGGAAACUCCCAACAGUAAAGCAUCUACAGAAGCUCCUAAUAACAAAGCCUCUAAUGUGACUCAAAUUAAUAAAGCAUCUAAUGUUAACAACAACAAAGUAUCUCCGGCAACUCCCAAGAUUCCUAAAUUGGGCAGGGGAAUUGUGAAAUCUGAGACUGAUUCUCCAUCCCCCUUGCAAAAUUCGCGCCUCUCCAUUGAUCGCUCUCCAAGAUCUGUUCCGUCGAAGCCCUCGGUGGAUCGCAGAUCUCCAAAGCUCAACACUACUCCUGAUAAGCAACCGACAAGGCUGUCAAAGGGAUCAGAACUACAGGUUCAACUAAAUCUUGUCCAGGAAGACUUGAAAAAGGCAAAAGAGAAGUUAGCUGAGGUCGAGAAAGAGAAAGAUCAGGCAGUUGAUGAGCUAAAAGAAGCUCAGAGAUUAGCAGAGGAAGCUAAUGGGAAACUCGCGGAGGCUUUGGUUGCUCAAAAGCGAGCAGAGGAGGAAUCUGAAAUCGAGAAGUUUCGUACUGUUGAAAUGGAACAGGCGGGUAUUGAUGCAAAUCAGAAAAAGGAAGAAGAGUGGCAGACGGAACUUGAAAAUAUGCAGAAGCAACAUGCACUGGAUAUUGCUGCUCUUCUCUCUGCCACUCAGGAGCUCCAGAAGGUGAAACAAGAGCUAGUCAGGACUUCUGAUGCAAAAAAUCAGGCGCUUUCCCAUGCUGAUGAAGCAACUCAGAUUGCUGAGAUACAUGUGGAGAAGGUAGAGAUUCUGUCAGCUGAGUUGGCCCGUUUGAAAGCUUUACUCGAAUGCAGGAACACGACUGAGGCUAAUAAUAAUGACACUAUAGUCUUGGAACUGAAAAUAGAUGUAGAGACAUUAAAACAAGAGCUAGACAGGGCAAAAGAGUUUGAAUCAGAGGCUAAUAAUUACAGUCGAAUGGUGAUGGAGCUCACUUCAGAGGUAGAGACAUUGAAACAAGAUCUUCAGAAAGCAGAUAAUUACAAGGAGAAGCUGGCAGAAACAGAGGUUGCUGUAGCGCAACUAAAUGUCGAGCUGGAGAUGGCAAAGAUUGCUGAAGCUUGUGCGCAGGAAAAAGUAAAGAAUUAUGAAGUGGAGGCUAGCAAUUACAAAAAUAUUGUGAUGGAACUUAAAUCUGAGGUGGAGACUUUGAAACAACAACUAGAGAAAGCAAAUGAUCAUGAGAAGAAGGUACUGGAGAUUGAAGCUGAACUAGAGAAACUCAGUGUAGAGCUUGAGGCUGCAAGAACGGCUGAAUCUUAUGCGCAUAAUCUACUAGAAGAGUGGCAAAAAAGGGUUGAAGAAUUGGAGCUUCAUGCUGAGAAAGCAAACCUGCUGGAAAAAUCUGCAUCAGAGUCUUUGGACUCGAUCAUGAAACAAUUAGAGGAAAGUAAUGGUUCAUUGCAUGAUGCGGAAUCUGAAAUUGCCUCUCUUAAAGAAAAAGUGGGAUCACUGGAAAUAUCAAUAGGAUCACAGAGAGGUGAUCUUGAGAUUUCAGAGCGUAGUCUUAAUAUGGCCAAGGAACAAGCUUCUGAGAUGGAAAAGGAGGUUGAAUCUCUUAAGUGUGAGCUUGAUACUUUGAAGGGUGAAAAAAUCCAGGCUUUAAACAAUGAGAAGUUGGCUGCUGAAAGUGUUCAGACUCUGCUAGAAGAGAAAAGCACACUCAUAAAUGAGUUGGAAACUUUCAGGAUAGAUGAAGAGAAAAGUAAGAAAGCGAUGGAGAGUCUUGCUUCAGCAUUACAUGAGGCUUCUUCAGAAGCAAGAGAAGCCAAACAAAAACUAAUCUCUGCUGAAGAGGAGCAUGAAAAUCUUAAAACCCAAGUUGAAAAUUUAAAGCUGGUUUUGAGAGCAUCAAAUGAGAAGUAUGAGAGUAUGCUUGAUGAUGCUAAACAUGAGAUUAAUGUUCUUACUAAUUCGAUCCAGCAAACCGAGCAUGAUCAGCAGACUGCCAUGGCUGAGAGAGAACAAAGAGAGCUUCAUCUAAUGGAUUGCAUUAAUAAAUCCGAAGAAGAAUGCUCUUCAAUGACAAAAGAAGUCAGCAGGCUGGUUAAUGCACUUAAAGAAGCCGAGGAUGAAGCAUCUGCAACAAAGGAGGAAGAAGCUCGGCUUAAGAAUACCCUAGCGGAAGCUGAAUCUGAGAUGCACUUUUUAAAGGAAGUUCUUGGGGAAGCAAAAGCUGAAAGCAUGAAACUGAAGGAAAGUUUAAUGGACAAAGAAAAUGAACUGCAGAGUGUUGUUCAAGAGAAUAAAGAGCUUCAGAACAAAGAAUCAGCUUCUCUGAUAAAGGUCAAGGAAUUGUCGAAGUUGCUUGAGGAAGGUACAACGAGGAAACAAGCUGAGAACAAUGGUGAACUUGCAGACAGUGAAAAAGAUUAUAAUUUGCUACCCAAGGUGGUAGAGUUCUCCUUACAUAAUGGCGAUCAGAAGGAAGAAAAUACCGAAGCAGAGAUCCCACAUCAUGAGGAACCUGUGAAGGAAAUUCCUCUAACAGAGAGAAAUGUAGUGGAUGUCAAGACAGUUGAAAAUGGUACUGAAACUACAGACAUAAACGAAAAGCCCAAAGUGUGUGAGAGCAAAGAAAAGGACGAUGAUAAUUCAGUGGAAAUUGAAUCUAAGAUAUGGGAAAGCGGCAAGAUUGAAGAGAAGGACUUCCUGGAGGCAGCGGAGAAGGAAUCCGUUGAGGAAGUCGACUCAAAGACGGAGAAUAAUAGCCUGGACCAGAUUAAUGGAUUGUCUUCAAAGGAAGAUACUCCGACAGUACAUCUGGAGAAUGGUGGAAGCUCACCACCAACAAAAGAACAAAGUCACAAGAAGAAGAAGCCUUUGCUCCACAAAUUCGGAAGCUUAUUGAAAAAGAAGAGCUCAAGCAACCCCAAGUGAAAGUGCAGUUAAGUCUUGUUUUAGGAAUGUACAUUAGCUCUAUUUUACACCUGAUUAUUGUGUUUUUUUUAUUUUUAUUUCUUAAAGUUUCAUGCUAUCCUUUUCUUAUCUGCAGAAGUGGAAAGAAGUGUACUGAAAGGCUUGUAUCAUCUUUAGUUUUUUUUUAUAUAUUUUUUGUUAUAACUA